AUGGAGGAAGUGUUUCAUGAAGCUGGUUUUACACCACUGCGGCUGCUGGGACAUGCGGAAAAAUAUUCAACGACGCGGAGUUACUUGGGGAUCUACCUUAACGUGGGUCUGACAGCCUGCUAUAAGCGACCAAGCGGAGUAUCCGUGAAACCGGCACUCUUUCACGCUCUCUCGAUGCUCAUCGCGAAGCACCCUAUACUUUCGGCCAUUCCAUUUGCUAUUGAUACACCAAAUCCAUAUUUUGUCCGUCUUCCUAAGAUUACACUAAGCGAGGUUGUGGAGUUUAUGGAAGACGAUACGAAUUCUCCGAGCUCGGAUUGGGGAGAGAUCCUCCACAAGGUCCUUGAGGAGCAACACAAUUGCCCCUUCGGGGUCCAGCCGAAUAAGACCCUUCCUUUCUGGAGAUUAUGCGUACUGGAGAGAAGCAAUUGCCCUGAAAGCUUUGGCCUUGUGUUCAUAUUUCACCAUUCACUUAUGGAUACCAAAAGCGCUCUGUCCUUCCACGCUGAACUGGAAAGACACAUGGCUCAAUAUUCCGGUCUUGAGACAAGCGAUGCGGUCUAUAGUCCUUCUAUUGCCCUUAUUCCACCACUAGAGGGCUUAUAUACAAUCCCUGUGUCACAAGAAUUCUUACGAUCUCAAAAGAAGUACAGUGAGCCAUCUCCCGAUAGCUGGACCGCCACUCCCCAGUUCACGCCUGUAAAGAGUCGCUUUUCUUCUUUAUGGCUAUCUGAGGCUGACACGAAUGUCCUCAUUGCACUGAGUAAGAAAGAGCAGACCUCCGUCACGGCGACACUUCAAGUGCUCAUUGCAACCUGCAUCUUUUCUGUUCUUCCGUCAACAUACCAUACACUUCAGGCCGACUGUGCGGUAUCCCUACGGAAAUUCCUACCAGAGCCGAUCACUGAGAGCACUUUGGGUUGCUAUGUCGGAUCGACAUCCACAACGUACCAGAGAAGGCCAUCUUUUGAUUGGGGUGAGGCUCGUCGUACAAAGGUGGCCAUCGAACAUGCUAUGGCACGGAAAGGGGGUGACAUGCCAGUUCGAUACUUAGAAUUCAUUCAAAACCAGCAUCGCUGGAUGCUGCAAAAGCUGGGCCGGAAAAGAAUGAGUGCAUUUGAGUUAUCCAACGUUGGGUCAAGUUUUACUUCGCGAGGGUCAUCGAACUUCGAACUUGAGAGUAUGUUGUUCAGUCAGAGCUCUAGUGCUUGCAGCGCCGCGAUCAAGGUCAGUGCUGUGACAGGGCCUGAUGGACGAUUAGUGUUAGGCUUCUCCUGGCAAGAAGGGGCUGUAGAAGCCGACAUGGUGGAAGGGGUCAAAAGAGCUCUCAAGGACGAGAUAAAAAGAUUAGCAGUGUCGGGGUAG